AUGGGCCAGUGGUGUCCCCUCUGCCCAUGUCAGCCUCCAGAUCAGAGGAGGAUGGCCAAAGGAAACCAUACAUCAGUGUCAGAGUUUGUUUUCCUGGGCUUCACAGAUGAUCCACAGCUGCAGCUGGUUCUUUUUGUGGUCUUCCUGGUGAUCUACCUGAUAAACCUGUUGGGGAACCUGGGCAUGAUCUUCCUGAUCAUCUUUGACUCGCAGCUCCACACACCCAUGUAUUUCUUCCUCAGCCACCUCUCCCUGGUGGACCUAGGCUACUCGACUGCCAUCGCCCCCCGGAUGCUGUCUGACUUCCUACACCAGCACAAGGUCAUCUCCUUUGCUGGCUGUGCCACACAGUUCGCAUUUUUUGUGGGCUUUGUAGAUGCUGAGUGCUACGUCCUGGCUUCCAUGGCCUAUGAUCGCUAUGUGGCCAUCUGCCGCCCCCUCCACUAUGCCACACUCAUGUCAAAACGGGUCUGUGGGGUGCUUGUUGCUGGCUCCUACCUGGCUGGCCUAGUCAGCUUGGCGGCCCACACUAGCCUCACAUUCAGCUUGAGCUACUGUGGUUCUAAUAUCAUCAACCAUUUCUUCUGUGAGAUCCCGCCCCUCCUGGCUCUCUCCUGCUCUGACACCUAUGUCAGUGAGAUCCUGCUCUUCAGUCUCUGUGGUUUCAUUGAAUUCAGCACCAUCCUCAUCAUCCUUAUUUCCUACUUGUUCAUCUUUGACUCCAUCUUGAGAAUCCGCUCUGCCGCAGGGAGGAAAAAAGCCUUCUCCACCUGUGCCUCCCACCUGAUAGGAGUGACGCUUUUCUAUGGGACAGUUAUGUUUAUGUAUCUGAGACCAACAUCCAGCUACUCCCUGGACCAAGACAAAUGGGCCUCAGUGUUCUAUACUGUGGUAAUUCCCAUGCUGAACCCCCUAAUCUACAGCUUGAGGAACAAGGAUGUUAAAGCAGCAUUCAAAAAACUUAUUAACAGGAAAGAUUGCAGCAGGGAACUAUAA